AUGGCUUUCAUCACUUCAGUUCUCUGCCAGCUUACCUACAUUCCAUUCGUCUAUUGGUUCGUCGAGUUGAUCCAAAACAAUUUAUACCUCCUUGUUACUGGAAGUUACGGAUGGAUCUACCCAACCUCUCCAUACAAUUAUUUUACAUUCGAUUCUGUCAAAUCAUGGGCCAUAAUGCCAAUUUUAUUUUUCACCAUUUAUUACUUUUUCUUAAUUCCAAAAAAGAUUAACAUUUGGUUGGGAUUUGUAAUUACUGGAACUGCUGGAUAUGUUACUGAAUUCAUUGUUGGUUAUGUGUCAGCUGUUAUCUUCCAUGAAACCAUGCAAGAAUGGCCAAAUUCCAAGUUAAAGUUCGUUGGUGGAAUUGGAAGUUAUAUUUUGUGGAUUUUGGAUGCUGUCAUGUAUUAUUGGCUUGUUUUCAAAAUGCCAAAACUCUUGAGUGAAAAUUUGAAAGGAAAGGAACCAAAACAACCAUCAAAAUAAGUUUUGAAAAUUAGGAAUUUUAAAAAAUAAAAAAUUAAAAGAAUUUAAUUGAUAA